GAAAGUCGCUCGACGCACCUACCGGCCGACAUCUGCAGCAGAGAGGGAGUCCACGGCACGGCUCGGUUUCAGUCGACCAACCAAACCGAUCCUGUCCCAGCCAUGGCCGCGGCCCUUCCUCGCCGGUGUCAGCUCCUCCAGCUGGGCCUCGCCCUCGCCGUCCUGCUCGCGGCGACCCCGGCGGCCGAGGCGUGGACGGGGGAGAUCCGCGGCCGCGUCGUCUGCGACGUCUGCGGCGACGCCGCCAUCGGCCCCGAGGACCACGCCCUCGAAGGAGCUGAGGUUGCUGUACUCUGCAUCACAAAAUCAGGCGAGGUUAUCAACUACCAAGCCUUCACAAACUCCAAGGGCACAUACACUGUUGCAGAGACGAUGCCAGAGAGCGACCGGUGGGAGUCAUGUUUGGCAAGACCCAUCAGCAGCUUCCACCAGCACUGCACUCGGAGGGGCGACACUCACUCUGGGGUGAAGUUCACUUACAGCAAGCCUUCAGGAAACUCACACACCGUCAAAACUUUCCUUUACAAACCCGCCAACGCCCCUCUGUAUUGUAGUUAAACAGUCCCAUCACAUUUGGUUGGAAGGCAAAAGAUAGGAACAUACAGGAAGGAUAUGUGUUAGUGCCUUGGUUCCAUAUAUAAGUAAAAGUAAACAUGUUUUGAGUUGUAACUGGGAGUUUUCAGAUGUGAAUGGAAAUGUGUUGUCUUACUGCCUGAUCACCUGUACUUGCAACGAGACAGAUGUUGUAUAUGCUUCAUGAUCAUGAAUCAGCAUAUGUUUGUGAA